ACGUCACCAAUAGAGAAUAAACAUGGCCGACAGUGAGUUGUAGAUGGCUAAAGUUAGCGACAAGCAGUGGUCAUUUCUAGGAAACGCUCAGUAUUUACUGCAGGUAAUUGAACUUUACUGCACCUGUUAGCUGUGAAACUACACUCUGAUCCACCUCACACAUGAUUUGGAGGUUUUAUUGAGUCUGUCGGUCCGUAAAAGGCUUUUCUAAAACCGGACAUUAGCAUUUUGUGUUAGCCACGUUAGCAUCCUGCAUGCUUUUGUUUUUGUGAUUUAAUGGCACAGGACUGGCGUUUUUCUAACUGGAUCUAACGGCUUUAGGUGGAUUUAUCCCGGGGUAUUUUUGUUUUCUAUUGCUGGUGGGGUGUAACGUUUUCGCCAUUUGGAACCAGCUCCCAAACAAAGCCAUAUAUCUUCGUAAAACAGACGUGUUUUUGACCCACUGGAGUAUUUUGUGAUCAUAACUCCGGCAAAACUGGAUUUUAGGUGGAUUUUCCCGGGAGUUUUUUUGUAUUGUACCGCUGGUGUUCUCCAUUAAGAACCAGCUCCCAAACAAAAUCAUACUUUUUCCAUAAACAGAGAUUACUUUGACCCUCUGGACUUCCCUAGUGUGUGGUAAUUUCUCCUGCUAACAUGGACCCAAAACGCCAUCACGGUAAACACCAUAUUAGUAUUGGAGGAGGUGGGAACAGUAGCAGUGAUUCCAGCUGCGGAUCCCCGGCCUCUCCGCCUCACCUUCCCGCAAACAGAGCCUCUCUGCCUGGGUCAAACGCGUUCGCAAACGACGGCAGCUUCAUGGAGAUGUUCAAGAAGAAGAUGGAGGAAGCGGAGGAGAAGAAGAGGAAAAAGGAGACCCAGCAAACGACGGGAGGAGGAGAAGAUCAGCAGGAGGAGGGAGGACAGACAUCAGUGGAAAAGAAGCCCCCUCCAGUGACGAGCUUUGUGGGGAAGCGCAGAGGCGGCGUGUUCCUAAAGACCGGCAUGGUUGCGAAGAAGCAGAAAGACGAAACAGAACGAGAGCCGGGCAAGAGCGAUGCCUGGUCGAGCUACAUGGCCGAGGUAAAAAAGUACAAAGCCCACCAGUGUGGCGACGACGAUAAAACCCGGCCUCUGGUCAAGUAGAGUCCGUCAGGCGGAACGUCAAGCGACAAUUUUUUGAGGGGGGAAAAAAACACCUGGAGACGCUCAUCCUGCCCUCCUCAUACUUCCUGUUCCAGAAUCCAUUCUCAUGAAGUCUUUCAUAAACUGCUUCCACUCAGACCUUUUUCUCUCCUUCCUUUUUGAAUUUUAUGUCAACUUUUUUUUGUUUUUUUGGUCUCGUUGGGACUCUGGAGAUCUGAUGUCCGAAGGUGUUUCAGAAUCUUGCCGUGUAUUCUCGAUCACUAUUGUUAAAUGUUUUCAUUUUUUGUCAUGUCUCGGUUGAGUUUGGGCAUCUUUAAUUAGUUUGGAUUUGAUUUAAUGGCCAAAUCAAGGUGUCAAUUAAAUCUACACUGCCCAAUGA